AUGCAUGCUGGUUCGUUUCUACGUCGCCGCCUCGCUCAUUUUUCGGCCAAGUCCUUCCAUUCCACCCCGUUUCAGCUGCAUCGAUUUGGGGGUGCACAGAUAUUCUUACCGUCCUAUCCAAGACCAAGCUCCUUAACCUUCUCUAAUCCACUUCGACGGUCCCUCUCCACUUUCUCCCCUUCGUCACUUGAGGAACCGAGGAAGGCUGUAUCUUUCUGGACAAUCACAUUCGCCAUCGCUCUACUUUGUGGAGGAACCUGGUUACAGGAUAAAUACCAUAACUCCGUGGACAACCCGUCGCUUCCGCCGCUUCCGCAGCCCGAUCUAGACAACCAGGAAUUAUCACCUUUCCUCGGAGUAAUCGAUACCCUCAAAACAAUGCCUGCCGAAGCCGCCCCCGGAACCGUGGGCACCCUUACGCCCGAGCAGGAAGCCAAGUUGCAAGAGUUUUGGAUGCUGUUGUUGAAAGUUUGCGGUGUCAGCCUGGAGGGUAUUGAACAAACCGGAGACUCGAGCGCAUCCCAGAAAAAGGAACAGCAACCCCAACAACCUACUAAGCGGAGAACGUUCGGAUUAUUCGGUGGUGGAAAAAGCAGUGAAGAGGACGAUGCUGCCAGUGUGAAGUCGGCGAAUAUUGCCUCCAUCGACAUUACCGAUGGCGAUGACAAGUAUGGACAGUCGAAGGAAUUCCAGCAAGCUCUUGUUGACAUGAAGCCGGAGGAAAUCCGCACUACCGUUUGGAAUAUGGUCAAACAAGACAACCCCGAUACUUUGCUUCUGCGCUUCCUCCGGGCGCGCAAGUGGGAUGUCAAGAAAGCGCUGAUCAUGUUCAUCUCUACGAUCCGGUGGAGAUUGCAGGAGGUCAACGUGGACGAUGAUAUCAUGAAGAAUGGCGAACAUCUCGCCUUGAAGCAAUCGCAGAGUUCGGACCCCACGGAAAAGAAAGCUGGCGAGGAAUUCCUCAUGCAAAUGCGCCUGGGCAAAAGUUUCCUUCAUGGCGUUGACAAGCUCGGCCGACCCAUCUGCGUUGUCAGGGUGCGCUUGCACAAGGCCUCCGACCAGAGCACGGAAGUUUUGGACCGCUUUACUGUUUACACUAUUGAAUCUGCCCGAAUGAUGCUCGCACCUCCCGUUGAAACCGCCUGUGUUGUCUUUGAUAUGACUAAUUUCUCUCUGUCGAAUAUGGACUAUAACCCUGUUAAAUUCAUGAUCAAGUGCUUUGAGGCCAACUACCCCGAGUGUCUUGGAGUGGUGCUCAUUCACAAAGCCCCUUGGCUCUUUUCAGGAAUCUGGAAAAUCAUCAAGGGAUGGCUCGAUCCAGUUGUUGCCGCCAAAAUCAACUUCACUAAUAAUGUCUCGGAUUUGGAGAAAUUCAUCCCCCGGGACCGCAUCAUGAAGGAGCUCGAGGGUGACGAGGACUGGGAAUAUAAAUACGUCGAACCCCAGCCGGGCGAGAACAAGGCCAUGGAAGACACGACAAAGCGAGACGAGCUACUCGUGGAAAGGCAGAAGCUCGCGCAGGAAGUUCAAGAUGCAACCAUCGCGUGGAUCUCGGCCAGCCGGAAGAAGGACGACGAAGCUCUGAAGACCGCUAAAGAAGACCGAAACGGUCUGAUUGAGCGGUUGAGAGUUCAAUACUGGCAGCUCGACCCUUAUAUCCGUUCUAGGUCGCUAUACGACCGCCUGAACGUCCUCCAAGGCGAUGGCAAGAUUAAUUUCUACCCCGCCGAAUCGAAAUAA